UCCCUCUGGGCCUACGGUGGCCGGGAGGGGUCAGUGUGCGGGGGAGGCGAAGCGAAGCGGAUCGGAACGGAACGGGGGACGAUGCUGGAGGCGGCGGCCGCAGCCGAACCCGAAUUGGAUCCUGAAGAUUUAGUUCAUUUCUCGGUGGGUGAUUUGCCCAGCCGUGGUUACGGUGUGAUGGGGGAGAUCCGGAGGCAGGGCAAGCUGUGCGACGUGACCCUGAAGGUGGGGGACCAUAAAUUCAGCGCUCACCGGAUCGUGCUGGCAGCUUCCAUCCCCUACUUCCAUGCUAUGUUCACCAAUGACAUGAUGGAGUGCAAGCAAGAUGAGAUCGUCAUGCAGGGGAUGGACCCCAGUGCACUUGAGGCUCUGAUCAACUUUGCCUACAACGGUCACCUAGCGAUUGAUCAGCAGAACGUGCAGUCUUUGCUGAUGGGAGCCAGCUUCCUGCAGCUGCAGAACAUCAAGGAUGCCUGCUGCACCUUCCUCAGGGAGAGGCUUCACCCAAAGAACUGCCUGGGCGUGAGGCAGUUUGCAGAGACGAUGAUGUGCGCUGUGCUCUACGAUGCUGCCAACAGCUUCAUCCACCAGCACUUUGUGGAGGUGUCCAUGUCUGAGGAGUUCCUGGCUCUGCCUUUCGAGGACGUCCUGGAGCUCGUUUCUCGGGAUGAGCUCAACGUCAAGUCUGAAGAGCAGGUGUUUGAAGCUGCACUAGCAUGGAUACGCUAUGAACGAGACCAGAGAGAGCUGUUCCUGCCUGAGCUCCUCUCCAAAAUCCGCCUGCCCCUUUGUCGGCCUCAAUUUCUCACUGACAGAGUGCAACAAGAUGACCUGGUGCGCUGCUGCCACAAGUGCAGAGAUCUCGUGGAUGAAGCAAAAGAUUAUCACCUCAUGCCAGAGCGUCGACCGCACCUCCCAGCAUUCAAGACCCGUCCUCGGUGCUGUACAUCCAUCGCAGGACUGAUUUAUGCUGUUGGAGGGCUUAACUCAGCAGCAAAUUUUUAUGCAGGUGACUCUCUCAACGUGGUUGAAGUCUUUGACCCCAUUGCCAACCGCUGGGAGAAGUGCCAGCCCAUGACGACGGCGCGGAGCCGUGUCGGUGUGGCCGUGGUGAAUGGGCUGCUCUACGCCAUCGGGGGGUACGACGGGCAGCUGAGGCUGAGCACUGUGGAGGUGUACAACCCUGAGAUGGAUUCCUGGUCCAAGGUGGAAAGCAUGAACAGCAAACGAAGUGCGAUGGGAACGGUGGUGCUGGAUGGACAGAUCUACGUUUGCGGUGGAUACGAUGGAAACUCCUCGCUCAACUCCGUGGAGUCCUAUUCUCCAGAAACAAACAAGUGGACAGUGGUGACCCCCAUGAGCUCCAACCGCAGCGCUGCUGGUGUCACUGUGUUCGAAGGCAGAAUCUACGUGUCGGGAGGGCAUGACGGCCUGCAGAUCUUCAACAGUGUGGAGUACUACAACCAGCACACUGCUACCUGGCACCCUGUGGCCAGCAUGCUCAACAAGCGCUGCCGCCACGGGGCGGCCUCAUUGGGCAGCAAGAUGUUUGUCUGCGGAGGGUACGACGGCUCUGCCUUCCUCAGCAUCGCCGAGGUGUACAGCUCUGUGGCAGAUCAGUGGUAUCUCAUUGUCCCCAUGAACACCCGGAGGAGCCGGGUAUCCCUGGUUGCAAACUGUGGCCGUCUUUACGCCGUUGGGGGUUACGAUGGACAAUCCAACCUCAGCUCGGUUGAGAUGUACGACCCGGAGACCAACCGUUGGACGUUCAUGGCCCCCAUGGUGUGCCAUGAAGGGGGGGUUGGGGUGGGCUGCAUCCCUCUGCUGACCAUCUGAGGAGGCAGCAGCGAGGAGCUGUCUUGGUAACCAACAAUCGUGGCAGAGCUCCAGCCGGCCUUUCCUGCUCUGAUAGCCAGAGAGAUCCAUCUCCAGGUGCUCAAACACACACAAAACUUGACACAUUUACCCCCCCAACCCCAACCUUAACCCUUGGCUCUUGGGCUGAGGGCUCCAGAAGGAUCAACUGAACUACCAUGUGAGUGUGAACGUGCUGCUAUGAGCAAGGAGCUGCCUUCCUCCCGCUUUUGCCUCUGCUGAGCAAAUCCUUCCUUUCCCCAACAGCUCUAAGUCGUGUUGGUUGUGUUUGACCAACGUUGGGAAGUGCUGUUGUGGGUUGGGAGGGAAAGGUCUUAAUUGCGACACGGCAACGGCCACUUCCAUGACUUGAAGAAGGCUUGUAAACCAUUAAGGACCCCAGUACCCCAAGAGGUUGAUCAGCAAUGGUCUUUUUUGGGUUGUUUCAGCUUAAUGUUGACCGCGUUGAGACCAAAGCAGGCAGAACCCCACCACUGUAGGCCCAUAAGACCAUAUCCAGGCUCUGCGUGUUCGGCUGCUCCUUGCACAAGCCACCGCUGGCUUCUCCAAGUGCUUUCUUCAGCUUAAGUGGGGUAAAUCUCUCCACAAGAGCCACACGAUGGAGAAACUGGGAGGAGGAAAAAGUCUGUUAAACCAUGGGAGCGUUUUAACACACGUUGGAGGAAGAGCAGCGAGCGUCAACCACACAUAGCAACAGCCUUAGGAUUUCAACAGAGGAGGCAAAGCGAGGUGUUGAUUGUCAGGAUGCAGCUUUGGAUGUCACCAAAAAUAAGCUUUGGCUUUUCUACGUUGGGAUAUAAGAGGCAGCUGACAUAGAGCAGUUGGGAUCUUGGAGGAGGAAAGGGAUCAUUGCCUCCAUUUCUGACAGCGCUGGAGAUGGAGUGGCUGCAUUGGGGAGCCAAGGAACCUGCAGCAGCAUCCCUGCAAGGGGCUGGUGGGAAACCACACUUCCCCACUGUGUGUGAGAUCAACGUCUUGGGGUUUCUGUGCCGGGAAAGCUCUUGGCAACGUGUUUAUUUCAUGGCAGCCACGCAAGGAAACUUCCUGUGGCCAAACUGGCGGGGCUGCAGGUGCUGCCCCAUGGCCCUGUUGGCACAGCAAUGGGCUCAGCACCGCUUCCAGCUCUUCCUUUGCUAUUUUCACCCCUAUUUUCAAUGCAGCCAAAGGGAGCUGCUGCUGCCGGCUCUGUCCUUCCCCAGCACCAAACCCAACGAGCAUCGCUUGCCUGCGUCAGCCCUUCCAGCAUUUACCCCUGCAUGAAUGUGAAUGGUGAGAGCCACGGCUCCCUGCCCACCAGCACAGCCACAGGGCAGGGAAGCCCCUCAACACUACACCCACUGCAGGCAGCGGGGGGGGCUCAUUGCUGCCCUGUAUUUCCAGGAGCUUUGGUGUGUCCCCCCCCCAUCCAAACCCAUGCUUCUCCUUCAUAGCUGACUCCCAGCUCGGGAUUUGAACUUUGGGUGUAUAUGUGGAUGUCUAUAUAUUCAGGUACUGUGUAUAUUUUUAGGUAUAUAUAAUGAGCAUAUCUGGCUAUAAAUGUGGUUUGUCAGUAAUGUAUUUCCUCUAUAUGCAUAUGUCAACGGAUGGGUUCACUUGGUGGAUUCACUAUGAGGUUUCCUUGCUGCUAUGACACUUAAAAAAGGACAAACAGAACAAAACAUGAGCGUUGCAAUGGAUAUGAAGCUGCUUUGGCAUCCUCACCUUGCUCCUGGGUGGGAGGAGGGAUGGGGAAUGGGGCAUGGGGAGCUUUGGGCAGCGGUUUUAGCCCUGGAUCUGCAUGAUUCCCUCCCUGCCAGGAGGUUUAGAAGGAAGUGGGAAGGCUUCCAGCUGGGAGCUGCCUGGCUGCAGGUUCCUGCAGGGAACAGACGUUUGUUUGUACAAGCAUCAGCUCCAAGCUGUGAGCAGAGCAAGGGGGGCUCGGAAUCAACCCUGGGGCUCCACGUGGGGUUUUUGCUUUCUGUAUAUGGGCAAGUGAGACGUGGGCAGAGAGGAGGAUGGGGAGGGUGAAUGGGGUCCUACAGCUUGGAGAGAAGGCAGAGGGGAUGUUACCUCCUCUGGAGGUGUUCAGAACCCACUUGAUCCUGUACAACCUACCCAAGGGAACCUGCUUUAGAGGGGGGGGAGCUUCUAUAGGAGCCCAUAGAUCUUCUGGGAUUCUCCAACCCCACGCAUGGCAAAACAUGCAGCCCUAAAGCAUCUCCCUUCUCAUCCCCACUGCCCCUCCAAGCAGCCGAGGGAGGAGGAUGGGAACCAAGCCCACAAAGCUUCUCUUUGCCGCCCCAAGAUGGUUUAUCCAAGACAAACAGCAGCAACCCGAUCCCUUCCCGUGCUCACAACCCAGCCCUGCCUCCAUCCUGUUAGCGGAGCCCCCAUGGAUGUGCUGCUGCAGGCUGUGCUGCUGCUGGCUGUGCUGCUGCCCGGCGCCCCAUUGCCCGGCGCCCCGCUGCCCCCCACGCCACGCGAGCUGGCCCGCGCUGUGCUGGAGGCACAUGGGCACGAUGCGGGCAGCCAGCUGAGGCUGCUGAGGCUGCAGGGAGUCUCCAGGACGAAGUUUGACUGGGGGACUCAUUUCACCAUCAAUCUCACUGCACGUGAGACCUGCACAGCACCGCGCCGUGCUGCGUGUAGAGCCCAGCAGGGCCAGGUCCGUCACUGCGUGGCCCAGGUCUCCGUCUUUGCCUUCCUGCCUGACGCGCCGCUGUCGCUGCUGGAGUGCGGCCGGCAGCCGCCCACCAGCUCGGGGCAGCCCCGCUCCCGAAGCCGGCACAGCCCCGCAGCCCCACGAGCUGUUGGCCUCAAAGAGCUGGCGCCGGCCUGAAGCCCAUGAGCGCAUCCAUCCUGCAGGAGGGGACGUGCAGACCCCAUCCACGACCCCCACCCCAUGGGAUCCAUACACACAGGGGCUGAAAUAAAGCUGUUCCACGGGC